GUUUUGCAAAGACACCUUUGACAAGAAUUACAAGGCCACCAUCGGGGUGGACUUUGAGAUGGAACGGUUCGAGGUUCUGGGGGUCCCCUUCAGCCUCCAGCUGUGGGACACGGCUGGCCAGGAACGCUUCAAGUGCAUCGCCUCCACUUACUAUCGGGGAGCACAAGCCAUCAUUAUCGUCUUCGAUUUGAAUGACGUGGCAUCGCUGGACCACACCAGGCAGUGGCUGGUCGAUGCCCUGAAGGAGAACGACCCCUCCGGAGUCCUGCUCUUCCUGGUGGGCACCAAGAAGGACCUCAGCACACCCGCGCAGUACAACCUUAUAGAGCGGGACGCCCAGAAGGUGGCAAAGGAGAUGCAGGCUGAAUACUGGGCUGUCUCCUCACUCACAGGCGAGAACAUCCGGGAGUUUUUCUUCCGUCUGGCCGCGCUCACCUUCGAACGGAGCGUGCUGGCCGAGCUGGAGAAGAGCAACGCGCGGCGGAUUGGGGACGUCGUGCAUGAAGGGCCAAUGGGGCCCCCAGACCUGAAG